AUGCGUCUCGAGAUGCUGAACCUGGGCGCGACGGUUAGGUCGAUUGUCGUUCCGGACAGAGAAGGUGUGAUGACGGACGUCGCACUUGGCUUCGACGCUGUUAAAGCUUACGAAAACGACCAGUUGUCUGUUGGAUCUACACUUGGAAGAGUAGCUGGAAGAAUACGCGAUGCUCGUUGCGCCAUCGAGAGCAAAGAGUAUUUCCUAGCGCCGAACGACCAUCCUCAUCACAGAAAUGGCGGAGCAAAGAACCCACUAAGCAAAAAAGUCUGGGACUACACCUUGCUUGAUGACGGCAGCGGUGUGAUUUUUAGCGUAAAAUCACAUGAUGGAGAAGAGGGUUAUCCAGGCAACGUUACUGUGCAGGUCUCCUAUGUGCUGACGAAUCACAAUGAGAUAUUGGUUCAGUACUCAGCCAGUAAAAUUGUCGAUUUGCCAUCUACGCGACAAACACCGCAGCCUUUGAUGCAACGGAAGGUUGGCGGCACCAGUCGAAUCUACUGCUUCGACCCUACCCAGGCGAAGUCGAGCAAGAAGUUCAAACAUAUGAUAAGGAUUUCGUCGAACAAAUCCGGCAUAGAUCUUAAUGUGAGCUCGACACAGAGUUGCGUGAGACUCAGCACCGGCUUAGAGCUGAGUGGUAUAAUCGGAAAACAAGGAAAGCAGUACAGAUCCAAUUCGGCGUUCGUCCUUGGGUGCCAGGCUUUCGAAGAUGCGUGCAAUCAGGUGAGGAGGGAAGAUGAGAAUAACAAAAGAGAAGAAAAAGUAACAAGACUGAAUAAAGAGAACUGA